GUCGGAUACACUUCUGCAUAUCUAUUUCUCCGCAGGCUGCCUAUCGUCCACUGAAUGUCCGCCGGACCAACUCGAAGGUGUCGGUGAGACGUUCUUGCGACACCCGUGCCAAGUUAGCGGCGGUCUCGGCAAAGGUGUGAUCGGGGCCCUUCUUCUUCCACUCGAGAUCUGGCAAAGACCGUGAUAGGUCGCCGGAAUCUGCAGCACCGCAGAAGCCAGCGAUUGCAUAAGUGGGUGGGUGGGUGGGUGCAUGAUUCGUACUGUCGAGCUCUGUCAGAAUGUCCCUGAUCUUGUCGGUCAGCUCGCAGCCAAACUCCUUCUUGUACUGAUUGACAUUAAAGCCAAGUUCGCACCUCCUUCCCGUGUCUGCCCAUGUGCGUGUGUUCGUCUUACCCACUCUGCCAACGACACGAGGCUCUGCGCCUUCCUUCCAGUCACCUUCUUCAAAACCAACGCAAACAUGAACAGGACGGGCUUCACUGCACAACAUGACGCCCCACCAGCGUCAACAGAUGACACAUGAGUCCACCGUGUGUGUGUGUGUGUGUGUGUGAUUGAGCUGCCCUUACCGCCCACUAUGAUCUCGGACUUCUUCUUCUCUUCCCACACAACCAGAAGGGCAUCCUCCACAAGCUUGGCAUUGCGCAUGUCGUCAGCACUCUGACACGCACAAAAACCAGGAGAAUGAGGGCCUUGAAUUGGUCUCCCACCCACCCACCCACCCACUCAUCGACCCGCCCACCCACCGACCCACCAACAACCCACCCGUAGGUUGUGUCUUGCAAGGUUGAUGAUGCGCAUCUCAGGAUGGGCUGGGCGCUUGUGAUUCAGGCGCCAGGAGGUCAGCUCGUCCGCUGCAAAGAAGAACGCCUUACCCCUGAGCUCCACUUCGAACGCGGCUAUCUCCCUGCGGACAUACAGUAGGCAGCAAUGGAUGAGUGGUGUGUGCGUGAGUGGCGGCCCCUGCCGCUCUCCUACCCCUCAUACAGAUCCAGGCCAGCCUGCAGAACACACACGCACAGACAUAGAUGCAGCUGGCGUGUCGGCGGCAUAUACCUACCGUGCUGAUGACUGCAGACGCAGCCUCGACCUACACGCAUGACCACAUGAGCACACGGGUGGAUGACACGCGUGUGCUCAUGUGUCCCGUACCACUUCUCUCGCUGAGCCGGCAUUCCUUGCUGAGCCCUCAUUGCUGCUGAUCGACGCCUCCCUGCGCCCAUGGGGCAAAGGAGGGGGAAUGGGGACGAAGAGUUCACACAGGCCGUCAAGAAGCUCGGAGAUGUCCGUAGGGUCCUUCGGCAGGGCAGGGGGAUCCGGCAGACGGCCAGGGGCACUGUGGGAAAGAAACCAUAGAAGGAGGGCAGCAGUGAUGGCGUGUGUCUGCGUGUCUGCUGGUCUCAUCGGGUGUCUGCCAGCCUGCUUACAUGAGAGGACUUGCAUCAGGUAUGUCCUUCUGCAGGAAGGGGUGCUGCUGCAGCUCUAGUGCUGUCGGGCGGUCCUCAGGCUCGACAGUCAGACACCUGCACGAAUCAAAAGGACACAGAUGGAUGCACUGCUCAGGGACUGAUACACUGUCUUACAACUUGACGAAGUGGCAGAAUUCUGGUGACCAUUUCCUUUUGUCCAAAUGAACAUGGACAGACACAUGCGCCAGAGCUGAUCGAGGGUGAUGGUCACCUGAAAUCCCGCAGACCCUUGGCCGGCUCAUGCUUGACCUUCAUCAAGGCCUGCGCACACAGAAAGCGCGAGCAGCCCUUCGGCCAUUCACCGAUGGCAUAGACGUGUUCUGUUCUCGCCUCGAAGGUACCUUUGUUUUCGAUAUAUUUCCGGUCGACAGGUAGGUCGCGUUCAGCCAACUCGAUACACGUGACACCCAGCCCCCAUAUGUCAGCCUGACGCAGAUACAGACACACAAGUGACAGAUUCAGUGGAUGUGGUGCGCAUCUUUUGUGUGAACAUACCGGACUGCCAUAGUGUCUCUCGAGAUUUGAGGGUGGUGAGUAGACGGCCUCUGGUGCUAUGUGCGUCAGAGUUCCUGACAAGACACACACACAGACACACACACACCUACCUCUGAUGCUCUUCCUUCUGCCCCCAUGCAUCCAACCCCCCCCACCCACCGACUGGCGUCCUGCAGGCCGAAGUGUCGCCCCCGAGCUGCACACAUGCGCCGAAAUCACCUGCAUGGCACGGCCAAGAGACGCACAGGCACAGCCAUAACGAUGCGUGCGUCCACUGCCCUCCUCCCCCACUUACACAACUUGACGCGUCCUUUGCGAGUGAGAAGCAGGUUGUUUGCCUUGACAUCCCGGUGGACGAUGCGUUUGGCGUGCAU